AUGCCCGCAACCAUAGAAGCAAUCUGGAGGCCGCUGAGCAUCGCUGUCGUAGGCGGUGGCAUCGGAGGUCUCUGUGCAUCGAUCUCACUACGCCGGCAAGGUCACAACGUCACCAUCUACGAACGUGCAGAUUUCGUGGGUGAGGUAGGAGCCUCGAUAUCAUGCGCUGCGAACGGGACACGAUGGCUACACGAAUGGGGUGUCGACGUAGCAAAAGGAGACCCAGUAGUCCUACAAAAGCUGAUAAACCGCGACUGGAACACGGGCGAGCCGGUCAGUGUGUAUGACCUGGGAGACUAUGAGCAGAAAUGGGGACAUGUGUAUAACAUGUUCCAUCGACAGUACAUGCACGCCAUGCUCAUGGAGACAGCGCAACAAGAGGCCGGCGAGGGCCCUCCCGUUACAAUCGUCCUGAAUCACAAGUGCUCUGAUAUCGACCUCUCGACCGGUAAAAUUACCUUCACAAACGGCGUCACUGUGCAGCACGACGCAGUAAUUGGCUCCGAUGGCAUUGGCUCCGCUGUACGCAACAUUAUUGGCAUAUUCCCUGAGAAGAAGCCUGCAUCGUCGUCCUGUCUGCACGCAAACGUCCACACCGAUCUCGCGGUCAAGCUUGGCCUUGUCGAUUAUUCGAAAAACAGCGCUAUCGAGUACUGGGGUGGACACCAUUCGCACAACAAGAUUGUGCUUUCACCUUGUAAUGGGGGCAGUCUGCUAUCUUACUACUGUUUCUUUCCUCGCGAGAAGGGUGACUACGCCAAUCAGAGCUGGGAUGCAGACGCUACGGUGGAAGAACUGCUGGCACCAUACCCCGAUCUUGACAAACAAGUCCGAGACCACCUUGCUAAUGGCGUUGAGGUCCGUCCGUGGAGAUUAUGGGUGCACCAGCCGUAUGAAUGGUGGCAAAAGGGGCUGGUCUGUAUAAUGGGUGAUGCGGCGCAUCCUAUGAUGCCCGAUCAAUCUCAAGGUGCAUGCAUGGCCAUUGAAGAUGCCGCAGCACUCGGCCUCGUAUUCAGCAAGAAGCACUUCCGCGGCGAUGUGCGGGAGUCUCUGGAAGCAUAUGAGACGAUCCGUAAGGUUCGUGCAUCCAGAGUGCAGGCUGCAUCAGCACGAGCGCGCGAGAAUAUCCAUGAGCGGAUAGGCUUCUCAGAUAAUACUGAUAACCCACUAUAUAAGGUGCAAGACGAGAAGAACAAGCUGACGAUGGAGGAAAUGAAUUCGUAUGACAUGCACAAGCAUGCUGCGGAGGUCUUCGGACAAAUGAGAACGGAGGCACAGGUGUAG